AUGAUUGUGCACCAUUACAAACAAGUUCAAGAGUUAGUUGAAUUAUGUGGAGCAAAAUUAGUUCGAAGUUUUAGCGAAAUAAAAACAAUUGAUAAUGAAAGACAAAUGAUUCUUGUUCUUGGUAUUAAUGAAUUUUCUGGCGGAGACAAUAAACGCAAAGCACUUUUAGAUGCAUGUCAACAAUUUAAUGUUAGAUGUGCUAAUAUUCAUUGGUCACUGAUUUCAAUUGCUAAAUUUGACGUACAACCACUUGAAAAUUAUGAUAUUAAUCAUAUUUAA